AUGCCCCCCCGGCAGUACCGCCGCCUCCUCCUCUUCACAGCCGUACAAGGCGCCUGCGCCCUCCACCUCUUCAAAGAAUACGUCCUCGAAACACAACCAUGCGCCGGCAGCUCAAUGCUUCCAACCCUCAGCAUGGCCGGCGAUAUGCUCGUGAUCAAUAAAUGGCACUACAUGUAUGGACGGAAUAUCCGGAUAGGGGAUGUUGUCGUGGUGAAGAGUCCGGAUGAUCCCGGGGUGAGGAUGGCGAAGACGGUUAUUGGGAUGGGUGGGGAUUUGGUGUGUAUGGAUCCGAGUCGGAAUAUGAGGGAGUAUUUGCGGGUGCCGCCGGGGCAUGUGUGGGUUACGGGCAACAACCUUUCCAACUCGUGGGAUUCACGACAGAUGGGACCGAUACCCCUCGCUUUGGUUCUCGGCAAAGCAACUCACAAACUCUCAUUCGUAAAACUACAAUGGCCCGAACCUAUACGAAACGCUCUACAUCUUGUUGACGAGUGA